AUGCAGAAAAGAGAAAGCAAGUACAAUAAGAAAACUUUCCCCCAUAAGAACAUUUUCCCCCAUAAGAACACAUUCCCCAUAAGAACAUUUCGCCCCAUAAGAACAUUCCCCCAUAAGAAAACACUUCGCCCCAUAGGUAUUUUGGUUUGUUGGGACCCCACCACAACAAUGUGUGAGGUAUGUUUGGCUUUUCCCUGGGAGAUGGAAGUGCGUAAGCUGGGCGCCGCGAUUGGACAGCCCUCAUUGCCAAAGGCGAGCCGUGGUUCACUUCAGAGGUCCUCGGCACCCACCCCAAGAUGUUGGCAAAAAAAAAAGUUGAGGGGGGUACGGCACCCCGGGUUCCAGCGCCAUAACGGAUCGCCGUACUAA